UGUUGUAGUUUAGUCGUUUAUUAAGUGCUGUUUGUCUACUCGGAAAUGUGAAAACAAGUGGAGAGUGAAAAAAACUUCAGUAACUUUGAGAAAGUUUGUUAAAAAAAAAAAAAAAUGGAUUACGCGCGGGUCGUUUGCGCAUUUACAAUUCUGUAAAGUGCCGUAAUGAGCGUAAUAACACGACGUUGCACUUUUACCACUCGUGUUGUUACAUAAACAAACUUUAUAAGCUGGACGUUAUGUCAGCAUCAACAGCAGAAGCCAGCUCGUCAUCCCUGCAGCGGGUAACACACAGCGGAUCCCCGCCAGCCUCCUGCAGCAGCAGCAGCACCGCGGUCCGGUUACAUCCUAUCCGCGCCACGGUGCCGUACCAGCUUUUGCGUGGAAAUCAGCACAGCCCAACCCGCUCCGUUUCCUCCUCCUCCUCCUUCUCAGCAGCAGCCGGGAGCAACUCAGGAGGACCGACGACGUCCCGUUGCUCCAGUCCCGCCAACCCGAGUGGAAGCGGCUCCUCGGACGGCAGGCUGGUCCCCAAGCAGAGACUGUCACCGCCGGACAGCAGGAGCUCACCUGAACGCUCUCCCCUCUCGCCUCCCCCCAAAGUUGAAAGGACAAAACCCCAGCAGGUGCGGAGCUCGGGGGCCAUUUGGCGGACUUCCUCCCUGGGCACUAUCGCAGGGCCCUACCUCACCGGGCAGUGGCCUCGUGACCCCCAUGUGCACUACCCAUCUUGUAUGAAAGAUAAAUCCACACAGACUCCUGGAUGUUGGAGUGACGAGGCUGGAGAGAAGAGGAGCACCCACCAGCGCUCUGCGUCCUGGGGCAGCGCCGACCAGCUCAAAGAGAUCGCGAAGCUCCGGCAGCAGCUCCAGCGCGGCAAACAAGGAGGACGUCACAGUAAAGAGAGAGAGCGCCUGUCCCCCCUCCAGUACACCACCAUCACCUACAGCGCCCUGACCAGCCCCACCAAUCACACGUCCACAGGCAGCCUCUAUCAGCAGUUUUCCAUGUCGAAGUCGGCUCAGAUGCCGCUGUCCAACAUCACGGUGCCAAAGCCCUCCAUCUCCAGGGUGCCCAGCAGCAUGGAGGGCAUCAACCACGAGCUGGAGAAGGUCUUCAUCAAAGACAACGGCGAGAAGGAGGAGCUGAAGUCUCUGGAGGUCCCUGACGGCCGGAGGGCACCCUUCCAGCCUCAGCAGCGCAGCAGCAGCACCCGCAGCGUGGACACCCAGACCCCCUCAGCCCCCGGGCGGUCCAGCAGCUGCUCCAGCCUGUCGCCCUGCCCCUCGCCCGCCUGCCCCCCAGGAUCACAUGACGGCAGUCCUUACUCCACAGAAGAACUACUCUACGACCGGGAUAAAGACAGUGGAAGCAGCUCACCUCUGCCCAAGUUCGCCUCCUCGCCCAAACCAAACAACAGCUACAUGUUCAAGCGAGAGCCGCCAGAGGGCUGUGAGAAGAUUAAAGCUUUUGACGAACAGAGCUCCAGACAGUCAGCAUCAGCGUCGGUCCCGCUCUUCUCCUGCCCCGACAAAAACAAGGUCAACUUCAUCCCGACGGGCUCGGCGUUCUGCCCCGUCAGACUCCCCGGCUCCCUGCACCUCAACCCGGCCUCGCAACCCGAGGAGGACGAGGACGACACGGAGCCGCAGGGGGCCACGUCGCUGUACGGCGCCCUGACUCAGGUCUCCACGAGCACCAGCACAGACGACCCCCCGGAGGAGCCCGGCUCGCCCUCAGAGACCUCAGACCCCCCCACAGACAGCCCGGCCAUCAGCUAGACCUGAGCAGAGCUGGCCUCUGGCUUCGGGAUCCACCGAGCAUCACCACUGACUGUCCCACCAACACCUCCCUCUGCUCCGCUGGGGAGGGGGGGGGGGCUCUGUCUCUCUGUGCUGACCCCCUCCCCCCCCCCUUCUAUCUCUGCAUGACGUAGCAACAAUGUCCCAACAACCACCACCGCCACUACAAAGACUCGCCACCUCGUUGUUUGUCCUGCGUUCGGUCGUUGGCAGAGGAGGAGCUGAUGGUUACGUGCAGGCAUCGGAGCACUAUGGAUGGGGGGAGGGGCAUGCAUUUUAAACUGGUAGUAUAUUUCUGAUUAAAUUAUGUGUUAUUGUGUUCAGUUUCAACAUUCACAGUAUGAAUAAGCUCUCUAAACGUAUAUAUACACAUAUAUCUCUAUGAAAAGAAAGAAAUGCUCGUUUCAAAAGAAGAAAAUCCAAAACCGUGUAUUGCUGUGCGACAAAGCGAACGGGAGGAACAGCUGUACUAUUCAGGAUUCUGUUUACACGAUCAAGGUGUCAUUGGUAAACCCGCUCUAAAGAGACAAAAAAAAAGAGGAAAAAAAAGUCAAAAUGGCCGCAUAUUUGGUUGCACAGCGUCUGCAUCUGGCCGCGCGCUUCAGGUAAUUUCACAAUCAGAGUGUGUACUCAGGUAAUCUGGUGUGUGUGUGUUUGUGUGUGUGUGUGCGUGUGUGUCCAUACAAAGAUCUGCAGAACAGGUUUCAUUGGUUUUCCUGGUUUCUCUCAUUCCCAGACGAAUCAUUCCUUUAGUUCCAGAGUGCGGUCUGAGAGCAGAGUGUGAGGCUGAAGGGUCGGUGGUGGGGGUCGGGUCGGGACGGGACGGGACGGGCCACACACACUGUGACUGAUUGCACUGACCACUGGGUGUGUGUGUGUGUGUGUGUGUAUGUGUGUGUGUGUGUGUUGAAACACGCUGGACAGACUCUUGGAUGAUAUGCAGCUGUUGUUGUUGUUGUUGUUUUUUUUUUUGCUUGAAGAAGGUGUGUGUGAUUUGUUGAUAGUGGACCAGAAGUGGACGAGCCUGCAGAACCGUCAUGUGAAGAAACAAUCAAACUGAAGCGUUCGGUGCAGGUUGGAGGUUCAGUUGUACAAUCACUUUUUAUGAGCUGGAAAAAAAAUCUGAAUGCAAACCUAAUUUCUGUGGCCAAAGAAGCAGUUUCAUCAUUUACCUUAGAGGUCAUAUAUUAUGCCGAAUACACUUGACCACACUAAAUAACACUAGCCUGCUCUUCAAACCCCACAAUUAUGAGAAAGGUCCAUCCUCUCCCUCUGUUUCCUGCUCCACUUUAAAAAAAUAAAAAUAAAAAAGGGUUGUAGGUAUGAGCCAUGUAGACCCCAACUUAUGUUUAAAAAAAACAGGAAUUCAACUUAAACACUGACUUAAUCAAGAAUAUAUCCACAGUGAAACUGGGUAUUCAUCUGGUGUUUUCAGCUUGUUCUGCUGCCCCCUAGUGGUAAAAAGAAAUUAAGAGUCUAGAUUUAAAAUUGAAAAUAUGUGCACCACGAUCAAAAUGUAGGACUGCAUUAGAAUGGAUAUGUAUCACGAUGUAGGGACUACAACUCGAUGUACACUGAUAUAUUUCUUUGUUGCACAUGAACAACCCUGCCUGCUUCAUACGCGUAUUGUCUUAUACUUCUUUACAUUGGAGGCUUGUGAUUCACCUCGUCUCUGCUCACAUGUUGACAUUGAAGGGGGGGAGAAUCACAGAGCAGACGAUGGAUUACAACACAGAUAUGAAGCUGUACAGGGGGUUAAAUGAGACAGGAGGAACCAGCACCACUCUCUGUUCACCUCCAGUCUCUGCACGUGAACUCUGAUUUAACCCCGGCUCUCUUGUUGUGUUGUGUAUGUUCAGUGCAUGAAGCUACACACUCGCUGCACAAGACAGAAACUAUUUCAGGGCCAAUCAAGAAAAGUGUUUGUACAACUUUAAACUCCAACCUGCACUUUAAAAAAAAAAAAACAACUUAAAGACUGUUCUGAUAAUCCAAAUGUUGCUAUUCCAUUUAAAGCAUUCCAUAAGAGUUUAGCACCCGAGACAGAAAAUAGACUCACGAUGCUUUCGCUCCUAAAAAUAUCUCUCAGCCUUUUGAUCGGAGACGCGCCGCAGCGGAGAGACGUUUGGUCGCAGCGCCUUCAUGUGUUUGUGAUUCACAGAUGAAAGGGCCACAGUGGCCUGCCUGCCUGCCUCCCUCUCACUGUCUGUCUGUUCAUACUCGAAAAACAUCUCAUGUACUCUGCGCUGAACACCGUCCUCUCGGCUGUCAAUGAGCAUCGACCCCCCCGCCCAAGUGUAAAUGAUCCACACCUUUCAUUUGCAAGAGUGAACUAUAACCCACAUUUAUUUUGGUAUCUGGUGUGCUUGUGGACUCCCUGCAUUGACGCUCAUUCAUAUUUUGUAUAUAUGUGGCUUUUAAAAGCGGCUCAAUGCAAUGUUGUGGUUUCUUGAGACGUUUCAGCACCUUACCAAGAGCUGUGGCUUUCCCAAUGUCCCACAUAUACUCGGCAUUGGUAAACUAGAUGUGUGCAAUAAUAGGGAUUAAAAAAAAAAAAGAAAAAAAAAAAAAGGUGUUGUCCUCCCGGAUGUUGUCCGUUCUUUGACACAAGCGUCUCAUCCUGCAUUACUUUGGUUUUGAGCAUGGCGGCUGGAUCAGCAAGCAGAUUGUUGCUAAAGCCAUCAACAGAUCCAAAACCAGCCCUGAGAGCGAGCAGAGCACAUCACAUGCAGGUCCGAGUGUUCAUCGACUCACCACACGAUACUCCCUGUGUAACCUGCGGUGUCAAAGAUCAUGCACAAUGGCAAUAAAAAAAACUAUUGGUUG